AUCGUGAUCAACGUGGGCGGCGUGCGCCAUGAGACGUACCGCUCGACGCUGCGCACCCUGCCGGGGACGCGGCUGGCCGGCCUGACGGAGCCCGAGGCGGCGGCGCGCUUCGACUACGAUCCGGGCUCGGACGAGUUCUUCUUCGAUCGACACCCGGGCGUCUUCGCCUACGUGCUCAACUACUACCGCACCGGCAAGCUGCACUGCCCGGCCGACGUGUGCGGGCCGCUCUUCGAGGAGGAGCUCGGCUUCUGGGGCAUCGACGAGACCGACGUGGAGGCCUGCUGCUGGAUGACCUACCGCCAGCAUCGCGACGCCGAGGAGGCGCUCGACUCCUUCGAGGCGCCCGAUUCUUCGGGGGCCGCCAACGCCGGGAAUGCAUCGGGCGGCCACGAAGGCCUGGACGACGAGGCGGGCGCGGGCGGCGGCGGCCUGGACGGCGCGGGCGGCGAGCUCAAGCGCCUUUGCUUCCAGGACGCAGGCGGCGCCGGGGGACCACCAGGGGGCGCGGGCGGCGCGGGCGGCACGUGGUGGAGGCGCUGGCAGCCCCGAGUGUGGGCGCUCUUCGAGGACCCCUACUCAUCGCGGGCCGCCAGGUAUGUGGCGUUUGCCUCUCUCUUCUUCAUCCUCAUCUCCAUCACGACCUUCUGUCUGGAGACCCACGAAGGCUUCAUUCACAUCAGCAACAAGACGGUGACGCAGGCCUCCCCGAUCCCCGGGGCGCCCCCAGAGAACAUCACCAACGUGGAGGUGGAGACGGAACCCUUCCUGACCUACGUGGAGGGCGUGUGCGUCAUCUGGUUCACCUUUGAGUUUCUCAUGCGGAUCACCUUCUGCCCGGACAAGGUGGAGUUCCUUAAGAGCAGCCUCAACAUCAUCGACUGCGUGGCCAUCCUGCCCUUCUACCUGGAGGUGGGCCUGUCCGGCUUGAGCUCCAAGGCCGCCAAGGACGUGCUGGGCUUCCUGCGCGUGGUGCGCUUCGUCCGCAUUCUUCGCAUCUUCAAGCUGACUCGCCACUUCGUGGGGCUGCGUGUGCUGGGCCACACGCUGCGCGCCAGCACCAAUGAGUUCCUGCUUCUCAUUAUCUUCCUCGCGCUGGGCGUGCUUAUCUUCGCCACGAUGAUCUACUACGCCGAGCGCAUCGGCGCCGACCCGGACGACAUCCUGGGCUCCAACCACACCUACUUCAAGAACAUCCCCAUCGGCUUCUGGUGGGCCGUGGUCACCAUGACGACGCUGGGCUACGGAGACAUGUACCCCAAGACGUGGUCGGGGAUGCUGGUCGGGGCGCUGUGCGCCCUGGCCGGGGUGCUCACCAUCGCCAUGCCGGUGCCCGUCAUUGUCAACAACUUUGGCAUGUACUAUUCGCUGGCCAUGGCCAAACAGAAGCUGCCCAAGAAGAAGAACAAACACAUUCCCCGGCCCCCGCAGCCCGGCUCCCCAAACUACUGCAAGCCCGACCCGCCCCCGCCGCCCCCGCCCCACCCUCACCACGGCAGCGGGGGCAUCAGCCCCCCACCGCCCAUCACCCCGCCCUCCAUGGGGGUGACUGUGGCUGGGGCCUACCCGCCGGGGCCUCACACGCACCCGGGGCUGCUCAGGGGGGGAGCGGGCGGGCUCGGGAUCAUGGGGCUGCCUCCUUUGCCAGCCCCUGGGGAGCCAUGCCCGUUGGCCCAAGAGGAGGUGAUUGAGAUCAACCGGGCAGAUCCCCGCCCCAACGGGGACCCAGCAGCCGCCGCCCUUGCCCAUGAGGACUGUCCGGCCAUCGACCAGCCCGCCAUGUCCCCGGAAGACAAGAGCCCCAUCACGCCGGGAAGUCGGGGCCGCUACAGCCGUGACCGAGCCUGUUUCCUCCUCACCGACUAUGCCCCGUCCCCUGAUGGCUCCAUCCGAAAAGGUUACGAGAAGUCCCGCAGCCUGAGCAGCAUCGCGGGCCUGAGCGGGGUGUCCCUGCGCCUUGCGCCCCUUGCCACGCCCCCUGGCUCUCCCCGGGCCGCCCGCCGCGCUCCCCCAACCCUGCCCUCCAUCCUUUAG